GACAAUAUCUACCGUAUUUAUUUUAGUCCAUAGAUAUUUAUUUUAGUCUCUAAAAAUUUGACGGCCCAAGUGGAGAGAUUCCGAAAAUGUACAAAUUUACGAAUCAUUUAUCGAAUGCUAAAUUAGUUUUGGUAAGAAGACACAUUGAUGGGUCCUCAGCAGCACUGAUAGUACUUCGUCAAAACUCAUACUCCCAGGAUCAUGGUACACGACAGCAACCCCGCAAGUCACGCAAGCUCUUCUGGAGCACUGUCGGAGCGACUGUACUUACUGGAGCUGCUGUUGUUUAUGCCAAACACAGUCCAGAGGCCCGAAACUGGUUAGAGUCAAAUGUCCCUUGGGCCAAUGACCUGGUAGCUCUCGUUUACCAGGAGAAGUCUUCACCGUGGAAGUUUACAGUGGACCGUUUCAACCAGGCCACCACGUCAAUCAGCCACUUUGUGUUUGGAAAGGAAGGUGUUACGCCAUUAGAGAUAAAGUCGAGGUCACAGCAGGACAUAGAUGCAGAUGCAGCAAAGAAGGCAACCAGCAAAGACUUCCAAUUGCCUCCGCCCUCCCUUGAGCCCCUCUACGUGGAGGAGAAGAAGCUUGGAACACCGGAUGUAGACACACCAGCUACGGUGGUGCAGACGGAGCGCUGCGAGCCCGCGCGCGCCCCGGCCGCCGCCGUGCCCGCCGAGCUGGUGCAGCUGGAGCGCGACAUGAUGGACAACACCAAGCUGGCCCUCGACAGCUACAAGCGCGCCUCCCAGCACUGCAAGCGCUACAAUGACGCGCUCUACAAGAUAGUGGAGUCCACCGUGGAGGAGCUGGACAAGAGGCACUUCUCGGCGCUGCAGGGCGCGCAGAGCGAGCGGGACGCGGCGCACGAGCAGGCCGCGGAGGCCGCCGCUCGCGCCAAGAGCGCCAUCCAGCGGGUGGAGAGCGCGCUGGAGGCCGGGGCGCCGGUGCCGCCCCCCGCGGCCGCCGCCACCCGGCGCCACGCCGCCGCCUUCGGGGAGCAGCUGGCGACCGCGGAGGCCGAGUACUGCCGGUGCCGGGACGAGGCGCUGCUGGCCGACCGCUACUGGGACAAGGUGGAGGCGGCCCGGUCUGCGUUCCGGGCGGAGCUGGCGGCGCUGUUCCCGGGCGCCGACCUCAGCGCGCGCUCCCUGCCCUCCGCGCACGUCGACCUGCUGCUCGUCUACACGCUCAAACAGAUCCAGUUCCUGCAAAACCAGCUGGCGGAGCUGCAGACCGUGCGGGAGCAGAAGAUCAACCGCGCCAUUGAGUGUCACGACGAGAAGGCGCUCAUCGAAGCUAAAGUGGAGGACCUAAUCAAAGCGGAACGCGUCGAGAGGGAGAAGGAAUUCCUCAAGAGGAGCCUGGCGCUGCAGGCCGAGGCCCACAGGAGCCUCCGGGAGCAGCUCAAGAAGCAGUUCGAGAUACAGCAGGAGGUCCUGCAGGAGAAGGUCGCCAGCAAGGAGAAAGAGGUGAUGUCCCGCCUGGCGCGCGCGCAGUCCGAGCGCCUGGAGCACGAGCGCGCGCAGCACAAGCGCGAGCUGGGCGCCGCCGCCGCGCGCCUCGCCGCCGUGCAGCACGCGCUCAAACAGCGGGCGGGCGCGGAGGAGGAGGCGCGGCGCAGCGCGGCGCUGUGGGCGGCGGCGGGCGGCGUGCUGGCCGCGCUGUCCGCGCCGCGCCGGGCGCCGCUGCGGGACCACGUGGCCGCCGUGCGCAGCGCCGGUAAGGACGACAAAUUGGUGCAGAGCAUCCUGCAGAGCAUCUCGCGAGACGCGCUGGAGCACGGCGUGGCCACCGAGCAGGAGCUCCGGGACAGCUUCGACAGGAUGGAAAAGACAGUACUGAAGGUGGCGCUGGUGGGGCGCGAGGGAGCCUCCCUGCCGGUGUACUUCCUGUCCUGGCUGCAGUCCAAGCUGCUGUUCUACAAGCUGUCGGAGCUUCCCGAGGAGGAGAUGGAGGACAAGCCCGUGGACUACACCAAGCUGGACAACUUCGAGAUCAUGCAGCGGGCCAGAUGGCAGCUGGAGCGCGGCGCGGUGGAGCGGGCGGCGCGGCUGGUGGGCGCGCUGCGGGGCGCGGGGCGGGCGGCGGGCGCGGCGUGGGCGGGGCCGGCGCGCGAGCACCUGGCCGUGCGUCAGGCCGCGCACGCGCUCAUGGCGCACGCCGAGCUGUCCUCGCUGCUGCACGUGUAGCCGCACGUGUAGCCGCACGUGUAGCCGCCGACCCUACCGCACCGCGACUGCCAAUGAAAUAACACCAUUUAUUUUGAAAACUGUUUACAUCAUUUUUUUUACUCUCCUUAUUUAAUUAAUCUCCGUCGUUGGUUUUCCUAAAAAAAUUGUAAAUGAUGUCCAAGGGCAACUUCGAAACCUUAAAAAAUGCAAAAUAACAAAAAUGUUUUGCAAACGAUCGCAUUUAAAAUGUAAUAACGGUCGGAGUGGACGACCGUUGAAGUGAGACCGAGUCGGAACUCGCGACUGUAAAUAUCUCGUCUAGUAAAUUAUAAAUUAAAUGAUUUUUAAUUGAA